CAGGCAGGAUUCUCCAACACGUUUUUGACCAUCCACGGAAAGUUGGCCACCCUCACGAAAGACGUCUAUACCUUGGUGAAGGGUAAUUCAAGCAUUCAUCAGUGUGUUUUUCCUGGUCUUCCUCUGGCUGACACUAACACUGUUCUCAACCCCACCCCUCCACCACAAGUGAGAGAUGCUUACUACAGGGACAUGGUUGUUGAUGGACUUGCCAAUGAGCUCCAAAAACUUGUCAUCGAUAUCGACCUUGCACUCGAUUGCUUGUUUGAUCGCAACUGAAAAACAUUGCCACAGAGAAGAUAGCACCUUCCAUGAAUACAUGAUAAUAUAAUGUCCAUACCAUUCUAUAAUGCUUAG